AUGGGUUUCGCAGCUGGAAUAAGCAGCCUUGUUCUUCUGGCUCUCACUGCUGCCCCAACUGGUCUAGCUGCUUCUGUCCAAACAUCCAGCCCAGUGGUUGAUUUGGGCUACGCCACCUACCAGGGGUACUAUAACCACACCUUUGACCUCAAUAUCUUCAAAGGGAUUCGAUAUGCGGCCCCUCCUGUUGAAAAGCUGCGAUGGCAAGCGCCCCAGGCUCCUCCAGUAAAUAGGACUUCUAUUCAAUCUGCCAUUGAACAGCCUCCGCUUUGCCCACAAUCCGGUGCUGCAAAGCUUCCAGAAAUAUAUGGCUUCAAUUCAGCCCUGGGCAAUGAAGACUGCUUGUUCUUAAAUUUGUAUGCUCCGCCCGGGGCCAAAGACCUUCCUGUCCUCCUUUGGAUCCAUGGUGGUGGAUAUGGGCUUUUCGGGGCCGAAUACGACCCCAGUGAGUGGAUCAACACAAACGACAACGGGUUCAUUGCAGUUAUGAUUCAGUACAGACUUGGAGCCUUUGGCUUCUUGUCAUCAGAAGGCGUACACAAGUACGGGAAGACCAAUGCAGGUCUGCUGGAUAUGCGUUUCGCCCUCGAAUGGGUCCAGGAGCAUAUCGGAAAAUUUGGCGGUAAUUCCUCCCGCGUCACGAUCGCCGGUGAAUCUUCGGGAGCAGGCUCGGCUGUACUACAAUCAAUGGCUUAUGGUGGUCGUGAGGACCACUUAUUCAAUAACGUUAUUGCCGCCAGCCCGUAUACCACGUCCUUGCAUCAGUACGACGGUGAAGUACCGACAAAUCACUAUCAACAUUUUGCGGCACGAGCAGGGUGUUACCAUGGGGGUAAUAUAUCCGAGGCAGCCGUAUUUGACUGCCUUGUCAAUGCUGACACCGAUACUUUGCAAUACGCCAGUGCAAAUGUCUCCAUUUCAGGAGCAUGGGGUACUUGGGCUUUCCAGCCUGUGGUCGACGGCGACUUCAUUCGGGAGCUGCCGUCCAAGCAAUUGCUCAAGAAGAAAGUGAGCGGCAAGCGCGUUUUAUCUGGGAACAAUGCCAAUGAGGGUGUUCCACUUAGUUCGCCAUUUGUGAACACCACUGCCGGCUUCCUGAAUUAUGUCCGCUCUACUUUCCCUUUGUUCUCCCGCGGUGAUUAUUCCCGCCUGUUGAAUAUCUACGAGUUCCGUAACAGCUCUCCUCAAAACAAUGCCUCCCGAUACGAUACACUAGGUGAUCGUGGUCCAACUGCUCUGAACCAAUCAGAAAUGGCAACUGGUCUUCAGCAGACGGUCUUUGACAUAUAUGCCGAAUCAGUCUUCGACUGUCCCUCUUACUGGCUUGCGGAUGCUUUCGCUGGAGAUCAUACCAAGGAGAGUUGGAAAUAUCAGUACUCUGUCGCCCCUUCGUACCACGGAGCGGAUUUGACCGCAUACUUCUCUAUUGGGGCAACUACGCCCACUCGCGAGUUCAUCCAUGCAUUUCAAAGGAUUUGGGGCAAUUUCAUCAUCAAUGAUACUCCAGUCAUCUCUAUAGUUGACGCAAAGGGUGGUGCAGACAAUUCCACCGUACCUGAGGGUGUGAAUGGAGAUAUCUCCUGGCCAAGAUGGAAUCGCAGCUCCCCUCUCUUAAUGAACCUCAACACUACGGGUGGAACACUGGUCUACAACAAAGUUACCGAUCAUCUCUCUUACUGGCUUCAAGAAGGACCUGGUAUCACGAAUGAUUUCAGCCUGGCGGAUGCAUCGAAGUGGGAAGGUGGCCGUGGCAAGCGCUGUGAGUUCUGGAGAAGUGUUGGGCACCGUGUGCCAGCAUAA